AAAAAUCCCGCGUUAAAUCCUACUUGAUUGAUUGAAAAAUCUUGACUUAUUUACGUUAAAUUUUAAAAAGUAGUGCAUAAACAUAUUAUUUAAAGGUAUAGAACCUCCAUGUCAAACAAAAUGGACAGGAAUAAAACUAAAGGUCCUCCUCCAAAGAGGUUUAAAUCUGGCGACGAUGACGAUGAAAACGAUACUCCAUUUAGUUUCGAAGAACAACUGGCUUGUAUGGACACUGGUGAUAUUGACAGCCAAGAAAUAUUUGAAGGUGAAGGACCUGAAAAUCAAUCUUCGAAUAUGAAAUGGUCUCGUCCUCCACCGCCUAUACUGACUCCAAACCGAGAAACAUUAAUAUUUCAACAACUCGACAUUGAUCAUUAUUAUGGCACACCAAUGAAUGGCAUGCCUGGCUCCCAAUUGGCUCCCGUACCUAUAAUGAGGAUGUACGGGAUAACUUCAGAGGGAAACUCUGUUUGCUGUCAUGUACAUGGUUUUACACCAUAUUUUUAUGUCACUGUACCAGUAAAUUUUACAGAAUCUUCUUGUAACGAAAUGAAAACAAAUCUUAACAAAGCAAUAUUAGAAGAUUUAAGAGGGAAUAAAGAUAAUAUUAAAGAAUGUGUCCUUGAACUGCGUUUAGUACAGGCCAAAUCAAUUAUGUAUUACAAAGGUGAUUCCAAUAUUACAUUUGCAAGAGUUUCAGUAGCACUGCCAAAAUUAAUUGCUGCUGCCAAAAGACUGAUCGAAAGGCAACCUCUAUCUUUUGGAUUGAUGGAUCCUCAAUUUUAUGAAACAAACAUCGAUUUUGAUAUACGUUUCAUGGUUGAUACUUCAAUUGUUGGAUGCAGUUGGAUUGAACUACCUGUUGGGAAGUGGUUUUUAAGAACAAUAGAUUCAAAAGUGAAGCCUGAAUCUAGAUGUCAGAUUGAAGUGGAUGUGGCAUGGAAUGCUUUCAUAUUUCAUCCACCAGAAGGAGAGUGGUCAAAAGUGGCACCAUUCAGAAUAUUAAGUUUUGAUAUUGAAUGUGCUGGUAGAAAAGGUAUUUUCCCAGAAGCUAAACAUGACCCUGUAAUUCAAAUUGCAUCCAUGGUUAUAAGACAAGGUGAAACAGAACCAUAUUUAAGAAACGUAUUUACAUUGAAUACAUGUGCUCCUAUUGUAGGUUCACAAGUACUUAGUUUUCAAUCAGAGUCCGAAAUGUUAUCUAAGUGGUCUGAUUUUUUUCGUGAAUUAGACCCUGAUAUCAUUACUGGAUAUAAUAUUAGCAAUUUCGACUGGCCAUAUCUUAUAAAUCGUGCUAAACAUUUAAAUGUGCAAAAAUUUGAUUUUCUGGGACGAAUAAAAAAUGUAAGAUCUGUUAUAAAAGAUACAGUCUUGCAAUCGAAACAGAUGGGUCGAAGAGAAAAUAAAACCAUUAAUUUUGAAGGACGAGUUCCUUUUGAUUUAUUGUUGGUAUUAGUUCGUGAUUACAAAUUAAGGUCAUAUACUCUGAAUGCUGUCAGUUACCAUUUCCUUCAAGAGCAGAAAGAAGAUGUGCAUCACAGUAUAAUCACAGAUUUACAAAAUGAAAGUGAACAAACCAGAAGGAGAUUGGCAAUGUACUGUCUUAAAGAUGCUUACCUCCCACUAAAACUUUUAAACAAAUUAAUGUGUAUCAUUAAUCACAUGGAAAUGGCUAGAGUUACUGGUGUUCCUUUACUUUGUUUACUAACAAGAGGGCAACAAAUAAAAGUUGUCAGUCAGCUACUACGCAAAGCAAAAGAAGCUGGAUAUUUAAUGCCAGUAUACCAUAGCCAAGGUUCUGAUGAUCAGUAUGAAGGAGCCACAGUUAUUGAACCCAAAAGAGGAUACUAUGCCGACCCUAUUUCAACCUUAGAUUUUGCAUCUUUGUACCCGAGCAUCAUGAUGGCACAUAAUUUAUGUUAUACAACUUUAGUUCCCCCUAAUGCUCAAAACCAAUUUAAUGUUGCUGACAAUGAUGUUACUAUAACACCUUCAAAAAACAUGUUUGUAAAAAAUCACAUCAGAAAGGGCCUACUACCAGAAAUUCUAGAAUCACUACUCGCAGCAAGAAAAAAAGCUAAGGCAGACUUGAAGGAUGAAAAAGACCCAUUUAAAAGGUCAGUUCUGGAUGGUAGACAACUGGCUUUGAAAAUAAGUGCAAACUCUGUUUAUGGAUUUACAGGUGCUCAAGUAGGAAAAUUACCAUGCUUAGAAAUAUCUGGUAGUGUCACUGCUUAUGGCAGAACUAUGAUUGAAUUCACUAAGUCAGAAGUAGAAAAGAAAUACACUAAAGCUAAUGGAUAUAAAGAAGAUGCUGUUGUUAUAUAUGGAGAUACUGAUUCUGUAAUGGUUAAGUUUGGAGUGAAAACUCUUGAAGAGAGUAUGGAAUUAGGAAAAGAAGCAGCUGAAUUUGUUACAGCAAAGUUUGUAAAACCUAUAAAAUUAGAAUUUGAGAAAGUAUACUACCCAUACUUACUCAUUAAUAAGAAACGAUAUGCUGGCCUUUAUUUUACUAGACCAGAUAAAUAUGACAAAAUGGAUUGCAAGGGUAUUGAAACUGUUCGAAGAGACAAUUGUCCUCUUGUUUCUAAUGUAAUGAGCACUUGUUUACAGAAGUUGCUCAUAGACAGAGACCCAGAUGGAGCUAUUAAUUAUGCUAAACAAAUUAUAGCUGAUUUAUUAUGCAAUCGAAUUGAUAUAUCACAACUUGUUAUUACUAAAGAACUCACAAAAAAUGAUUAUGCUGCUAAACAGGCUCAUGUAGAACUUGCUAAGAAAAUGAAAAAGCGUGAUGAGGGAACUGCACCGAAAUUAGGAGACAGGGUUCCGUAUGUGUUAUGCUGUGCAACAAAAAAUACACCUGCUUAUAUGAAAGCCGAAGAUCCUAUUUAUGUAUUAGAAAAUAGCGUUCCUAUUGAUUUUAAUUACUAUUUGGAAAAUCAGUUAUCGAAACCCCUUUUAAGGAUAUUUGAACCAAUUCUAGGUGAGAAAGCAGAAUCUCUGCUUCUUAAGGGUGAACAUACCAGAACCAAAGCUAUGGUCACUUCCAAAGUUGGGGCACUUGCUGCUUUCACUAAAAAGAAAGAAAAAUGUCUAGGUUGUAAAACUGUCAUGCCUAGUGAAACAAAAAAAGCGUUAUGUGAUCACUGCAUGAAAAAAGAAGGCCAGUUAUACAUUACAGAAGUAUUCAAAUUACGGCAGCUUCAACAAAAUUUUUCCAGAUUAUGGACAGAAUGUCAAAGAUGCCAAGGUAGUUUACAUGAAGAAGUGCUUUGUACCAAUCGAGAUUGUACUAUUUUUUACAUGAGAAAGAAAAUGGGUAUGGAGCUUGACACUCAAGAAAAUACAAUUUUAAGGUUUGGGCAGCCGAUUUGGUGAAACUUAUGUAAACGAAAUAAAAUAAAAUAAAAAUUGAAUAUUAAUAUAUUUAUAUUAUUACAUAAUCAUAAACUAGGAAAAUACUAUUAUUUUAAGAAAGAAUAAGUUUUUGAAAUUAAUUUUAACAAAUACGAACUGUACAAAGAUUCUGGUUACACAUUUGAGUCACACAUCACAGAAAUAAUUUUGUAAAAUUUGAGAUUUUUUUAUUGUUGCCAAAUAUUAAAAACAUAAUUAUUUGCAUAACACUACUCAUAUAGGAACAAAAGCGGUACCGAGUCCGCCACAAUUUUUCGACUGAGAUUUUAAAGUAUCUGUAUGAGAGAAAUACAACUUAAAAAUAAAUUCGAAGUCUUUAAGCUGUCAUCGAUAGGCGCGUUAGUGGUAAGGAUCUACAACACCUGCAGCGCAGCAAAGACGUCAGUCAGUCAGACAGUAAGUGAGAAUAGUAGUGGAAAGAACAAUGGUAUUAUUUAUAGUAGGUCUACACUCUUAAAGCAGAAAUCUACAGCUCUAACAGAGCUUGUGCACCUUCUCUAUACAGUACAAUCUAAAAAAAAAAAGAUCGAAGUUUAAUUUAAUCAGCUGAUUAUACUUGUGGAUGGUACCUAGAUAGUUGUUACAAUGUAAGACUGCUAUGCUGAUUGGAAACAUUCGAAUUUGAUCUACCUAUUUUAAUUUAUUACUUAACUGCAAUCGUGAACUUCUAGGUUUCGCAAUGCAUUCUGUAUUCCCGUUUCUGAAAACUAUGCAUCACAUCGUGCUGGCAUGGUGAAACGCGAUGGCCGUCCGAAUCAAAAUUUACAGUUUCUUUUACUGUAACGUUACUGUGAAAGGUCUUUGAGGGUAAAAAGUAGAUGUUAUGGAUGACAUACGAUCUGCCAUUAAAACAUUAUUAUGUAACCAAGUCACAUGAUAGACUAUUUCAAAGAUAAUCCAAAGAAAGAAAAAAGAAACUGUAAGCUAAGACUUAGCACAUCGCUUUUAUUAAGAACAGAAAGGUAGAAGUGCAUGUUUAGAGCUCCCUAAAUAUAUCUACGUCUAAUUUAAACAACUUACACAUUAAAUUAACAUUCAGUACUCAUCAAUUAUUGUAAUAUUCAUUUGUCAAAAUAACUUUAAAUCCAAUCUUUCAAGAAGGUCAUGUGGAUCGAACUACCGUCAUCAACCAAUUUCAAGGGACCCAUCGGGCUACGCGGUUUGACGGAAGAUUUUUCAACAAAUGGUAACAGUAACAACCAACAAAAACCGAAGUACCAAGAGAAUCUGGACAAAGUAUUCCGGAAGAGAACUAAAAUUGACAUUAUUAAAUAUGGCAAUGGUGUUGUCAAUUGAAC